AGCAGGAAGUUGGCUUGGAAGUGAGAGAUGCCUAUGUUUACCCACUACACUUGGGCUCACUGUCCAAAGACGAGGACUUAGUCAAGUCACCACGUCUCCCUGAAAAGGAGGCCUGGAAUGGUGGACAAGAGUGGUGAGGCUGGGGUCUGCAAGAUGAUUCAGCAGUUAGUGCUCAGUGGUGACUGAGUCAUCAAGUCACUGCAUAGGUGCAUGAAGACCUCUUCCAGACAUGGAUUUGAUGUCACAGAUAAGGAGGGUAUGAUUAGCCAGUAAACAAGGGAACCUUCAUGUCACCCACAUCUCCCUCAGUUUUGAAGACUGGAAACACAGAAGCAAGUGCCAAAUGGCUCUGCUACAGAAUUUUCUGAGUCUUAAGGAGCUUACCUCCAGGACACAUGGAACGUUCCAGGUCUAAAGAAAUUGCUACAUGACACCUCCUAAAUGCAGUCUUCAACAGGAACAUGGGGAAUGGAGUAGCCUUUGAGGUCAACUCAGUGACAGCAUCUCCAGGGACCUCUGUAUCACACCCACCACCCAUGAACCACUUGCCUCCUGUGAUCCCUGACCCAGACUAAAGUCACUCAACGAGUCAUAGGACAUCCCCCUAUGAUGACAGCCAAGAACAUUUCCCCAGGCUCAAAGCCAUUGACCUACAUCCUGUACCAGACAUCUUCAGAAGCCCCCAAACAUAUCACCAAAUCUUUCAAGACCAACAAGUCCAAAGGAUCCCUCCUCAAAACGCCGGACUUGGUAGGAAAUUGGUCCAAGAAGUCUCCAGAGAAUUGUGGGUGCUAUCUUUCUGAGCCUAAAAAUUUCUACCACCUGGACCUGUGUCCCCUUACAGUAGGAAAGCUUCUGGCCCCAGAGCUGCUGAAACAUAUCCCUAUUCCCAAGGCCACAAAAGUCUACAUCCCUGAGGAUUCCACAGCUAGGCUUCAACUGAUUGAUCAGACAUAUGGGUUCAGAAACAGUAUCAACCCAACCCUGUGCUCUCCUAGUAAUUCACCCACUGAAUCAAUCAUGAAGGUACCCUCUGCAGAUACCAUGAAGGUACCCUCUAUAUCAGUCAUGAAGGCAUCCUCUGAAGACACCAUUAAGAUACCCUCUGCAUCAAACAUGAAGACAUCCUCUAUAGAUACCAUGAAGGUACCCUCUACAUCAACCAUGAAGAUGCUGUCUACAGAUACCAUGAAGAUGCCCUCUACAUCAACCAUGAUGACACCUUCUACAGACCUCAUGAAGGUACCUGCUAUAUCAGUUACGAAGGCAUCCUCUACAAAUGCCAUGAAGGUACCCUCUGCAUCACUCAUGAAGACACCCUUUGCAGAUGCUAUUAAGGUACCCUCUGCAUUACUCAUGAAGACACCCUUUGCAGAUUCCAUGAAGGUACCCUCUGUAUCAACCAUGAAGACACCCUCUGCAGAUACCCUGAAGGUGCCCUCUGUAUCAACCAUGAAGACAUCCUCUGUAGAUACCAUGAAGGUACCCUCUGAAUCAACCAUAAAGACACCCUCUGCAGAUACCAUGAAGGCACCCUCUGCAUCAACCAUAAAGACACCCUCUGCAGAUAACCUGAAGGUACCCUCUACAACAAUUGUGAAGGCACCCUCUUUGGUAGCCUCAAAACAACCCUCUGCAGGGGCCAUGAAAUCAAGAACCAGGACUCACCCUAAGAACCAAAAGAAGCAAGACAAAGAAAAACUUAGCCUUUCUCUUGACCUGGUGCUUGUCAACCCAAACUGGUUAGUUCCAGGCAUCCAACAUCUCCCUAUUCCAGAGGCCACAAAGGUCACAAUCCCAGGAACCCAUGUUAUUUAUUGAACUACCAUACAAUAAACAUCUGACUGCA